AUGGUUCACGGUUCCGUUCAGCGGAUGGAGACCUUAUUGGCGUGGCAGUUUGGAGCACCCAAUCCCGGGGCCCCGGUCGAACGCGGCGAACGGAAUUACGAGCAGGGUCGACGCCAGCGACGCGACUCCCCUGAGUGGCCACGAGCCCGCGACCACCGUGGAAGGAAGCUGGAACUGCCAAUUUUUUCCGGUGAAGACCCGUACGGAUGGCUAUUCCGAGCUGAGCGGUACUUCGCCGUCAACGAGGUCGACGAGGAGGAAAAGGUGCUCGCGGCGUCCAUCUGCAUGCAGGGAAGGGCCUUGGGCUGGUUCCAGUGGGUGGAGGCCCAGGAACCAUUCAUGGGAUGGAGGGACCUCCGGACGGCCAUCCUCCACCGUUUCAGCCGAUCCGGGGAAGGGGAUCCUACUGAGAGGCUGAUGGCACUCCGGCAGAGUGGGAUGGUCGCCGAGUUCCGAGAUGCCUUUGAAGCGCUGGCGGCGCCAAUGAGGGGCAUCCCGGAAUCGGUGUUCAAGGGAGCAUUCCUCAACGGGCUACGAGAGGACAUCAGGGCAGAAGUUAAAUUACACAGGCCCAUUAACUUGCAAGAAGUUAUGGACCUAGCCCAACAAAUUGAGGCCCGUGAUGAUGCGGUGGAGAGGAUGAAAAAGCUGAGAUUGGGCCGGGGUAAUAAGGUGGAAUACUUGGGGUGGCCAAACUCAGGAUGGCCGACCCCCAGUUCCUCCUUGGGCCCAGCAGAGCACCCCCUUCGAUCCAAUGCCUACAGGGAAGGAGCCGCGACGGCCAAGGGGCGCACGUGGUCUUCACCGGCGUCACAGCAUGCACCAAGUGGGGAUUCUAAGUUUUGCCGCCUAUCCGACGAGGAAGUUCAGCAGAGGAGAGCUAAGGGCCUAUGCUUCCGAUGCGACGAGCGUUUCAGUCCGGGACACCGCUGCAAGAACCGGCAGCUUCAAGUGCUCCUGGUGGCUGAGGAUGGGACAGAGGAGGAUGAGGAGUCCAGUGAGGAGGAGGAUCCGCCGCCGGCGCAAGGGGGAAGGGCGACGGCCGAAGCGGCGGCAGUGUCUUUGAACUCGAUGCGCGGAUUGGUGUCCUCUAAGACCAUGAAACUGCGGGGCUACUUGGGUACGCGAGAGGUCAUCGUCUUAAUCGACAGCGGCGCCUCCCACAGCUUUAUAUCUCUGUCAUUGGUGGACGAAUUGGCCAUACCCACGGAAGAGACAGCCAGCCAUGAGAUACAAGUGGGUAAUGGAAUGACUUUUAGACAACAGGGGCGCUGUCGGAAUGUGAGGCUGGAAAUUCAGGGCCACGAAUUGGUCGAGAAUUUUUUUCCAUUUGAAUUGGGGAGCGCCGAUGUCAUCUUGGGCGUCACGUGGCUGGGCACGUUGGGUGAAGUCCGAGCCAACUGGUCGGAAUUCACGAUGAAAUUCAAACAAGGGAGCGACUGGAUUCACUGGAAGGGCGACCCCGCCUUGUGCGUCACUCCGGUAAGUUUUCGAUCCUUGACUCGUUCAUUUCAGUCUACCGGGGAGGGACUAUUGUUAGAAUUACGAUCCAGUUCGGCUGAAGAACUGGCUGCGGAGGAAGAACCUCCGGAACUACGGGCAGUACUCGCCCAUUUUGGGGCAGUGUUUGGGGUCCCCACCCGGCUUCCGCCACACCGUGCGCACGACCACCGUAUUGUCCUCAAGGACCAGGCCGCACCACCAAACAUCCAUCCCUACCGAUACCCGCAAAUACAAAAGGUGGAGGUGGAAAGGUUGAUAGAUGAGAUGCUGGCUGCAGGGAUAGUUAGACCAAGCUGCAGCCCGUACUCUAGUCCGGUUACCAUUCCGGAUAAAUUUCCAAUCCCGUUAAUAGACGAACUAUUGGAUGAGUUGCACGAGGCUAGGAUUUUCUCCAAGUUAGACCUAAGGGCUGGCUACCACCAGAUACAGGUUCGCGACUGUGAUGUGGAAAAGACGGCAUUCAGGACUCACGAGGGGCAUUACGAGUUCCUCGUUAUGCCCUUCAGCCUCACGAAUGCUCCCGGCACAUUUCAGGCCCUCAUCGGGAAGGUGCACUCUUCGCACCAUGUUUGCAAUCCGGCCUAUCCAGGUAUAAUCUUCAAAAUACUUUAG